GGAACAAAGGUGAGACCUUUGUUGGCUUUUCUUCAGAGUUUCUUUAAAGGAACAACAUUUUGUCAUCUGAUUGGUAGUGUUUCUGAGGCUGCUAGGCUACUUUGAAUGUCUGGAACACUAUUAAAAUUGCACUAUUAGAAGGCGGUUAAAACAUAGCAAUUAUGAUGUUAUAUAACCAAACGUCAUUUAGAGUUUCCACACUAUAUUAUGCAGAGGGUUAUCCUGAUUCAAACAGACCAACUCUAAAUCCAAAACUAGAAUUUAAACUGUAGCACCCGCACAUCGAGAGACCCAGGUGUUUGCUGCGAGCCAUGAGAGGGUUUAGCAUUGUGUCCAUCUGGGUCCUCACCCUCCUGCUGUUGCUGAAGAGCUCAUCAUGUGCCGGUGACUCUGAUGUUGUGAAUCCCUGUUGCUAUUACCCUUGUCAGAACUCAGGAGUCUGUGUGAGAUUUGGUGCAGAUCGCUAUGAAUGUGACUGCACCCGCACUGGCUUCUAUGGGGAAAACUGCACUUUUCCGGAGGUCUGGACCAGAGUUGGUCUCAUGCUGAAACCCAACCCCAGCAUCAUUCACUUCUUCCUCACCCACUUCCACUGGUUCUGGGACCUCGUCAAUAACUCUUUCUUGCGAGACACAAUGAUGAAACUGGUGCUCACAGUCAGAACCAACCUUAUUCCAAGCCCUCCGACCUACAACACCAAGUAUGGAUAUCUGAACUGGGAAUCAUACUACAACCUCACUUAUUACACCAGGAUCCUGCCUCCUGUACCUGAAGACUGUCCUUUGCCCAUGGGAACUAAAGGCAAACCUCUUCUUCCUGAUCCCAAAUUGUUGGCUGAGCGUUUCUUUAAGAGAACCAGAUUUCGUCCAGAACCUCAGGGAACGAAUCUGAUGUUUGCUUUCAUGGCCCAGCACUUCACUCACCAGUUUUUCAAGACAAACCAUGAAGUCGGAAGGGGCUUCACCAAGGCUUUGGGACAUGGGGUAGAUGCUGGACAUAUCUAUGGAGACAACCUCAUGCGACAGCUUCAACUCCGACUUCACAAAGAUGGAAAGCUGAAAUAUCAGUUAAUUAAAGGUGAGAUGUACCCCCCUACAGUAUCUGAGGUUCCUGUGCAAAUGGUGUAUCCUGAAGGUUUCCCUCCAGAGCAGUGUCUAGUCAUUGGUCAUGAGUUGUUUGGCAUCCUGCCGGGUCUCACCAUGUAUGCCACCAUAUGGCUCAGGGAGCAUAACAGAGUCUGUGACAUCCUGAAGGCAGAGCAUCCCACCUGGGAUGAUGAGCAGCUUUUUCAGACUGCCAGACUCAUCAUCAUUGGGGAGACAAUCCGCAUUAUAAUCGAAGAGUACGUGCAGCAGCUGAGUGGAUACCUGCUAAAGCUGAAGUUCGAUCCCUCCCUGCUCUUCAAUGCGCGCUUCCAGUACAGCAACCGCAUCGCUCUUGAGUUCAGCCACCUCUACCACUGGCACCCGCUGAUGCCUGACAGCUUUUUAAUCGAUGGACAUGAUGUCCCGUAUUCUCAGUUUAUUUACAACACCUCCCUCCUCAUGCACUACGGGGUGGAGAAACUGGUGGAUUCCUUCUCUCGACAGCCUGCGGGUCAGAUAGGUGGUGGCCACAAUUCUCAUGAAAACCUCCUCCCAGUCUCAGAAAUGGUCAUCAGAGAGUCUAGAGCAGCACGUGUGCGGCCCUUUAAUGAGUACAGGAAGAAGUUUAAUCUCAAACCAUACACCUCUUUUUAUGAAUUUACUGAUGACGUAGAAAUGGCCAGAGGUUUAGAGGAACUCUAUGGUGACAUAGAUGCUUUGGAGUUCUACCCCGGCCUCCUGCUGGAGAAAGCACGUCCUAAAGCCAUAUUUGGUGAGAGUAUGGUGGAGAUGGGUGCUCCCUUCUCCCUGAAAGGCCUGCUGGGAAACCCCAUCUGCUCCCCUGAGUACUGGAAGCCCAGCACCUUUGGGGGAGAGACGGGCUUCAAUAUCGUCAAGACGUCCACUUUGAGGAGACUGGUGUGCCUCAACACCAAGUGGUGUCCAUACGUGGACUUCCAUGUUCCACGAAAUGAGGAGGAAGCAAAACCAAGGAAACCAUCUACUGAAUUUUAAUUAAUAUUCACCUGAUCAUCUGUGAUUUAUUGCUCGUGAAGGUGAUUGUAAUACUACAUGUGCUAAUUCAGUGGUUUUAAUCCUGCCUGCACAGAAUGACAUACUGUGUAUUUAACCAGGUCUACCUUCUGAAAAUACAGCUGACAAAUCAUUUAGUUUCUGAAGAUCUGGUGAAAUAAAUUUAUUCAUUACCAUUUAGCAAGAAAAGUCCUCUGGAUCUCAGAAAUUUAUUUUAAUUUACUAAUAGCAUAACUCAGUAUAUGACUAUUUUGUUCUGUUUUUCUUUGUGGUUUUUCCUCUUCUUUUCAGAGUGGAGGU